AUGGUGCUCGCGACAUCUUCCGUGAAUGCCCUGGACUGGACAGCUGCACUGCGCACGGUUGUGAUGUCAUGGCGCUGCAUUUUCGCUGCGAGCCUUCACAUCUGGUACGGGCAACGAGAUAAACGUGACCAGCCCUGGCAGCCUGCCACUAUUGUGGUCUUGUUACUGAUGCUGUUUCUUAGUGUACCCGGUGCAUCAAAGCAACAAAAGAGUCGGGCAUUCCCGCACCGAGUGAAACCCCUGGCUAUGUUUGAUCCGUUUCAGGAGGAAGUGGAGUGGGAGCACCGGAGCAAGGUGGGCGGGAAGAUGCACGCCUGCGGCCACGACGCGCACACGGCGAUGCUGCUGGGCGCCGCCAGGAUCCUCCACGAGCACCGCAACGACCUGCAGGGGACGGUGAUCCUUCUUUUCCAGCCGGGAGAGGAGGUGGGAACCGGGGCCAAGAAGAUGGUGGAGGCUGGCGUCGUGAACAACGUCGAGGCCAUCUUCGGGUUCCACGUCACCGUGAUCCUCCCCACCGGCGUGGUUGGGUCGAGGGCCGGCCCGCUGCUAGCCGGCUGCGGCUUCUUCGAAGCGGUGAUCACCGGGAAGGGCGGCCACGCCGCCAUCCCCCAGAGCAGCGUGGACCCCGUCGUGGCCGCCUCCAGCGUCGUCCUCGCCCUCCAGAACCUCGUCUCCCGGGAGGCCGAUCCCCUGGACUCCCAGGUCGUGACGGUGACGAGGUUCCGGGGAGGCGGCGCGUUCAACGUGAUCCCGGACUCCGUCACGAUCGGCGGCACUUUCCGGUGCUUCUCCAACGACGGGUUCAUGCUGCUGAAGCGGCGGAUCGAGGAGGUGAUCGUGGCGCAGUCGGCAGUGCACCGGUGCGCGGCGGCGGUGGACUUCCACGCCGGCGGGCGGCCCCUGCUGGCCCCGACCAUCAACAGCGCCGGGCUGCACGCGCACUUCGAGGCCGUCGCCACGGAGAUGCUCGGCGCCGGCGGCGUCCGGGGCGCCAUGGAGCCGUGCAUGGGGAGCGAGGACUUCGCGGCCUUCUCCGAGGCCGUGCCGGGCUCCCACUUCUACUUCGUCGGGAUACGGAACGAGGCGGCCGGGUCGGUGCACGACGCGCACUCGCCGCACUUCCUCGUCGACGAAGGCGCGCUCCCGUACGGCGCGGCGAUGCACGCCAGCCUCGCCAUGACGUACCUGCAGCGCCGGCACGGGCGCGUGGACUCGCACGAGGAGCUGUAG